AUGAAACUGUCGAUCACACGAGGAGCGGCGUGCACGGGGGCUAUCAGCCCUCGCGCCGCUGUCACCUCUCCUUUUCCCCCGCUUACAUCACACGCCUGUCGUCCAUUGGUUGCCCGGGCCGCACGGAGGACGCUGUGGUUGGUUAGCGCCGGGGAGAGCGAGGGCACCCGGGACGAGCCCCAUGAAUAUGCAAAGAGCAGGGCUGAUUGA